GUCAGAAUUUGAAAAAAAUGACAGCGUGCUGAGAGACGCCAUUCACUUUUACAUACGAAGUGAACGAUGACUGUCAUCUCUUUUUGGUUCGACGAAAGAAUUAAUUUCAUACGGGAUAUGAAGAAAGAUGGCAAAAGUUUCGUUUCUGGAAGAAGUAUGCAGCGUUAUCAGACCAACCCAUCCUGGACUAUACUGUAAAGUACAGUCGAACAAAGGGCAUAGACUCGCUCUCACACGCUCCGACUCUGACUCUUGAAGACUCUAAGAAUGAGGUGGUGCUGCUCAUGCUAACCAAACUCAUGCUCCUGCUCAUUCAGAGGAUAGUGCCAAUGCUGCUGGUCUCAAAUCAUCACAAAGAAUGAGAAGGUUGUGGCUCCGCCUAAAACUGAGAAAUGUGAUAUGUAUCACUUUAACCUUGGCACUUGUUAUAUAUUGCUUCACAAUCACAUUUUCAGUAGUGAAAGAAGGAGGACAGGAAACAGAACUGUCAGAGAACCUCCGGCUGACAGAACACUAUGGCAUUAAUUGCACAGCAAUAUAUGAAAUGGAACCAGUGGAAGUGGGCAAAACUUUAGUCAUUCUCAAGGAAAAAAGCUACGUAGGGCAAACUGACAGAACUAUUGUGAAUGCCACCUAUGACUGUGAUUGGUUUGUGUCAUGGGGCUAUGAUGUGAUUCAAGGCACUGAGUUUGAGCGUGAAUUUCCCCUUGCUUAUUCUUUGGUUGUUCAUCAGGAUGCUGCUCUUGUGGAGAGGUUGCUGAGGGCCGUUUAUAUGCCUCAUAACAUAUACUGCAUACAUUAUGAUCUGAAGUCCUCAGAUGACUUUAUUUUAGCAAUGAAAGGUCUGGCUCGCUGCAUCCCCAACGUCUUCAUUGCCUCAAAGCUGGAGAGGGUGCAGUACGCAGGCUUCUCACGACUCAAAGCGGAUCUUAAUUGCCUGUCUGACCUCCUAGAUUCUGAGGUCAAGUGGAAGUAUGUCAUCAACCUGUGUGGUCAGGACUUUCCACUGCGGACAAAUGCUGAGCUGGUGUCGGAUCUAAAAGAGCUGAAAGGCAAGAACAUGGUGGAGAGCAAGUGGCCUGAAGGAAAAACAGAUCGCUGGACUUAUCAACAUUUACUAAAAGAUAGUAAUUCAGAGUACUAUGAGUUUCCUGUAAGCACUUCUGAGAAGAAAUCUCCACCUCCUCACAACAUAGCCAUGUUUGUGGGCAGCGCCUACUUCACACUUUCAAGAGAAUUUGUUGUUUUUGUGAACCAGAGUCCCCUAGCCAGUGAUUUCUUGGCUUGGUCUGAGGAUACAUACUCACCUGAUGAACAUUUCUGGGCAACUAUGAUUCGUGUGUCUGGAGUACCAGGGGAAGUGCCAAGUUCUGACCCUGAAAUCUCAGAACUAGUAAGUAAAACCCGUCUGGUGAAGUGGUCUUAUCUAGAAGAGAUUCUUUACCCACCAUGCACUGGAGUCAGUAUACGAGCUGUAUGUAUUUAUGGUGCUGCUGAGCUCAGAUGGCUCCUAAACUACGGUCACUGGUUUGCUAAUAAAGUGGAUCCAAAAGUGGAUCCUUUUCUUCUGGAAUGUUUAGAGGAGAUGCUUUCAGAAAAACGCCUGAGGCCAAAACUGCAGUAACAAGUUCUAUAAUAGAUUUUUAUUUUACUGGUGAGACUUUAGGAUUAAUGUUAAAAAAAAGAAUACUGUGCUGUUUUUUUUAGGGAAAUCAAUAUUACAUUUAGUUUUGUAUUUGGGGUUUCUGGUAAAAAAUAUUAUUUUUUUUCUGAAAAUUAUUUGUAUUUUGGUUUAAAUGUUUUUGUAUUUAUGCAAUUCAGCCAGCAUGGGAGCAAUCCUUUGGCAAUAAUUUUUUGGUUUAACAUGCCAGUCCUCUAAUUUUUCAUAAAUGAAUACUUGUUCUGUUGCGUAUGAGAUGUAACGCGAGACAAAUGUGAAUUUUAUUAGAGCAAAGUGAAGGAGCACAAAAACAUUGCCCAGUUCAUAAGAACAAUGUAGUAAAAAGUAGAGUGGUACACAUUUGUUCAUUGCUGAUGAAACAUCAAUUAUGUCUCUCUGAUUAAAUAUUAUGAAGGAAUAGUUCACAAAUAGAGAGAGACAGAAAAAAACUAAUUAGUGGAAAAUGUAUUCAACCUCGGGCUAUCCAAGAUGUGAAUGAGUUUGUUUCUUCCUCCAAAGAAUUUAUGCUUGUAAGAAACAAAUCCUUCAAGGUAUUUUAACUUGGACAAAAUAGUUUGUAAUCCAUAAUAACGCUUUCUCCAGUGGAAAAAGUCCAUCCACUGUUACCUUCCCACAUCAAAAUCCACUGUCAUAUUUAUUUAGAACUGUUUUAGAUUUUUUUUUUCUUGUUCGCUUUCAAACGGUGCU